AUGACUGUUCUAUUGUGGUGUCGAGUCUCUUGCCAGGAGCCUUCUGGUUCCGAGGCCUCGGUUAUCAUGGUCACCAUUUCUGCAAAAUGGCUAAUUAAGAAAGUAAUCGAAGAGCUGCCAGAUGCUAUGCAAGGUGUCCUUGAAUUCAUAGGGCAAAAUUUAAGUGUAGGUAAAACACAUAUAAAGAGGCAAUUUUGGUAUAGCAAUAUGGGGGCGGAAAUGAAAAAUAUAGGUGGAAAAAGUAUGAGGACAGUUAACUACCAUCCGAAUAAUGAGAUGUAUCUUUUGCGGAAUGCUUUGUCUGGUGAUGGCACUUGGGACUCUAAUAACAGUACCUCUCUUGUCCAUGAAGACAUAAUCGAGGAAGUUCCUACCAACGAAAUGAACUCUUAUGGUAAUUAUUUACCUCACCGUGCAGUGAUAAAACUAAGCAGCAGCACUACUCCAAUUCGUCCGGUGUUUGACGCUUCAGCGAGAUUAGCAAAUUAUCCAUCUUUGAAUCAGUGCUUGGAAUGUGGUCCUAAUCUCAUUGAGCUUAUUCCAAAUAUUCUUCUUCGAUUCAGAGAGGGACAGCUUGGCGUUAUAGCUGACAUCAGGAAAGCUUUUCUGCAAAUUAGUAUUCGUAAAGAGGAUAGAGACUUCCUUCGGUUUUUGUGGUGGGAAAAUAGAGAAGAAAAGAAAUUGAGAGUUUUUCGUCACACAAGAGUUGUUUUUGGGGUAAAAUGUAGCCCUUUUCUUUUAGCUUCAGUAAUUGAGUACCAUAUUCAAAAAUGUGAAGGAUUUGAAAAAUCUUUGAAGAAAAGACUUUUGGAGAGUUUCUACAUUGAUAAUGUCGUUACUAGUGUCGACAGUAAAGACCAAUUAGAUCGAUUCAUUGACAAUUCUAAAACCUUGAUGGCAAAAGGUGGUUUUGAUCUUAGAGAAUGGGAAUGGUCUGGCGACUGUGAAACUAAUUCAAAGGAAGAAACUCAGGUAUUAGGUCUUAUUUGGAAUAAGAAAUUAGACACUUUGAAAAUUAACAUGAAAUGGCUGGAUGGCAUUAAUGUGGAAAAAGUAACUAAAAGGAGUAUGUUAUCUACAGUACAUAAAGUAUUUGAUCCUUUUGGAUUCACUGCAUCAGUGAUGCUCUGUCCGAAAAUAAUGCUACAAAAGGCAUGGGCAUUAGGUACAAGUUGGGAUGAAGAAGUAACUGGUGAGCUUCGUAAAGAAUUUCUACAGUGGUUUCAAGAACUUAAGCAUUUGUCUGACAUACAGAUUCCUAGGUGUGUUCAAGCAUCUUCAAAAGAUAUAAGCAACUGCACUAUUCAUACGUUUGUUGAUGGAAGCAAAGAUGCAUAUGCUGCUGUUACAUUCCUUAGAAUAGAAAAUAAUGGUCGAAUCGAGCUAUUUCUACUUGCAGCGAAAUCUCGAGUGGCUCCUUUAAGAGGCACAACUAUCCCAAGAAUGGAACUUCUUGCGACGGUGAUUGGAGCGAGGCUAGCGAAUUCAGUUGUUGAAGCUCUUGGUUGGAAAAAUGUUACGAUAUAUUACUGGAGUGAUUCUACAACAGUGCUUGCAUGGAUAUUACGAGAAGAAAAUUGGUCUGUCUUCGUUAGGAACAGAGUCCAAGAGAUAAGGAAGUUGAGUAAUCCUACAUCAUGGAGACACAUACCUGGUGAUAAGAAUCCGGCAGAUUUACCUUCCAGGGGCUGCAAGGCAAAACAUCUAGUCUCCCUAAGAUGGUGGGAGGGUCCACAAUGGAUGAAAAAUGCUUUUGAAUUUCAAAACAUUAUGGGUUCCACCAACCAUGAUUGGAAUGAAGAAGAGAUUAGAAAGGAAAAGUCUAAGACGACUUUUAUAUUAUCAAAUAAUGAAGCCUGUGGUGUUGCAAACUGGUACUACAGAUAUUUUUCGAACUAUGAUAGAAUAGUUCGUCUUGUUGCAUGGAUCCUCCGCUUCAUGAACAACUGCAAAAAUAUAACUGAGAAGAAGCAUGGGCCCUCUGAAGUGGGUAACAUUUCUUGA